GGCCACCCUUAGUCGAGCCUUGACGUUUACGGCGUGAGGAUGUGGACUGAUAGCUGCGCUGGCAGCCGUUUAUACACGUAGGACCAAAAAGUCUCGGCCUCCCUCAACAGUUACAGUGAGCCGCAUCGUUCACGUGCGUCUCUUUCCCAAUCGUCGCCCGAUUGACCGGCGCUUGAAAACGAUGACGCUCCCGCGGAUGCUGCUCGUCGUUGCUUAUCUGCUGCGCUGUCACGUCGCCCGCUCGAUAGGCGCACCGGCGAGGGCGACGAAUCAGGUUCUUUUGGGCGAAGCUGAUAUCACUCUUCGGGAUGACGCCGACAGCGAUUUCACGACGGAGGAGCCGUAUCUCAAAAAGUGCAUCGUAGACGGAAACGCCUAUUCUCACAGCCAAACGAUACCGUCUUACGACUCGAAUUCGCAUUGCCUGUGCGUCGCCGGUGAAGUUUACUGUUGGUGGCAGAAUUAUAAUCCGAGCACCGCCCCGUCGCUUGGCCCGUCUUCCCUGCAAUCGACCACGGUGGAGAGCAAUUACACUCCAUCCCUAGAAAUGAGUACGGACAUUGUGGACGGCUUCGGAGCUUCCGGCGAUUCUGAAUUGCAGAUUGACCAACGAGGACAAAUAGAAAUUAACGCCACUUCAUCGACCGCGAUGUCUUCUCUACCGACUACGUGCAUCGUCAUGGGAAGAGAGUAUCGACAAGGUGAGACUUUACCGCACUCGACUGGGAAUUGCAUCGAAUGCAGCUGUGGCUCUGAAGGACGCGUCGAAUGUUCACCAAAAGACUGUGUAGCGUUGCGACCCGAAAUGUUGGUCGCUCCCGAUAUGCCCGAGGCACCUGACGGCGACUUCGAAGUUUUCAAUCUGGCGCGGGAUCGGGGUAUCGACGAGAGUUUCUAGAAACGAUUUGAUAACAAACUGCAAAACCGCGUGAACUUACUUGUAUUUGACGAUAUCGCGAUAUGGUUGUAAUGAAAGGCACGCAACAGCAAUUAUGAGAAUUUCGUCUAAUUAAACGCAAUGUGAAUAACAGAGUCAGAAAUUCCUGGUGAGGAAUAAUACGAAGAUUUUAGCAAUUCGAGUAUUAAAAAAGAAAAUAAUAUAACGACCUUGAGUUUGUAACAGUUCACUGAUCAUCGCGAAUGAACAAAGAAGACUCGUAUCAAAACCCAUUAAGUUGGAGAUUCAUCUUUCAAAGUAUAGGCGUACGAUCUUAUAUAUUUUUUUAUAAAAAAAAAAAAAAUAACGCGUAUUACUUUCUUCGAAUGUGUGAAAUUAAUAAAAAAAUAUUUGCGCUUAGUGGGUUUUGGUGAUGAUUACGUGUCUUUGUGUUCUUUUUUAUAGAAGAAAAUCGUCUCCCUAUUGUGCCUUCAAAGUUUGUCGCGUCAUAAAUGUAUUCAACAAAGUUUCGAGUCAGGCGACGAAACAUCGAGGGCGUAGUCCUGAAGGCGCGGUAGCGGAGAAAACAUCUUUCUAGCGAUAAUUUUUUCUAUAAAAAAAACCCUCAACGAGUGAGAACAAAAGUGGCUGAACAUUUUUUAAUGGCCUCAUUAAUAACCUUCUCGAAUAUUAACAAACAUGUGUAUUUGCUACAUAAAAAAAUCUCUCUGAUGACAAUUUAGUAUUCACUUAUUCUUUCACAGAAAGAGGGAGAGAGAGAGAGAGAGAGAGAGAGAGAGAGAGAACGAGGGCUUGAUAUUUUUUCUGUAAAUACUGCGUGGGCGCAAAUACUUGGCCUAGAUUUCGACUUACGUAGCGAUUUAUAGAAUAAAUUUAGUUUCGAUAUGUAGAAAAAAGAGAGUCAUAUUCGUGAAACUUACGAAACGAAUGUUUUUGUAGACAUCGGCCUAUAAUCUACUAUUAAAUCACGUAUAUAUGCAAAAUAUACGCAUAUCGGUCUGUAUAAGACUCUUUACGCGAGACGGCGAAGAAUGAUAUUACUGAGCUUAGUCUCGUUAUAUUAGACGACAGUUAUGAGACUCGAUAAUACUCUUUGCCAUAUCUUUAUCAUAUCCUAAGUGAAACUGAUCUCCAGUAAAAUUAUUCUAGUCAAAGUUAUAUAAUUUAUCUUAUAACGUACCUAAAGGUAUAGAUAUAUAUAUAUAUAUACAUACAUAAAAUACCACAUUAAGCGAGUGUAUUUAUCCUCAUAUAAAGUGUGUUUGGUUUACAUAUUAAUAUAUAACUCAAUAAUAAAGAGAAAAAAUAAUAGAAAUGUUUGUUAAACAACACCGCUUUUGUAAACCGCGCAUGUAAACAAUUACCGAUUUAAUUGAAUAUAAAAUUAUUAAAUUUUCUUCAAAUAACAAUUUACAUAUACACGAACUUUCAAAC